AUGGCAUCGACUAUGCUGUUGAAGCCGACACUCCAUGUGGAGAUCUUGCUCAAGAGCAAGAUGAAGGCCAACCACAAUGUCUGCGAUGACAUCUCGAACCUCAUCAAAGAAGACUAUUCCCAAGUGAAAGUCGGCCAACAGAUCAAUGAUUUCGAGAGCACCCCCAACGCCAAAACCAUCCAAUCUAUCAUUAUUGCGGACUACACAGGCCCAGCGAAAAAGAUCGAAUGGCACAGACUGGAUGAAGUCGAGCUUGAUGUGCAGUCAUACACGCUCAAAGUCGAAAAAGACAUGCCGCACAGGAAGACUCGCAGAAGCAUGAGCCACGAAGACGACGAAGAUGAAGGUCCACAGACCAGGGUGCUGCCACUACCGCACGUCGUUCUCAAAGACGAGUGGGACUCACUCAUCUUCGACGACGCACUCCCAUCGCAACUGCUUCGCUACCUCACACGCAUGCUGGGAGUGAUGAAGCAGCCGGGUCUUAACCUCGCCACGUUCAACUGGAAUCGCCUUUGCCUUCUUCACGGUCCACCUGGGAGCGGAAAAAGCACGCUAUGUCGCGCUCUAGCCCAGAAACUCAGCAUUCGACUGAGUAAGACCUUCACCCAAGCGACGCUUGUCGAAGCCAACACAAAUUCCAUGCUGAGCAAGUACUUCGGAGAGAGCGGCAAGUUGAUCGGGGCGCUGUUCGACAAGGUACAGUCACAUGCCCAGUCACCUUCUACUCUCGUGUGCGUGGUGAUGGAUGAGGUGGAGACGAUAGCUGGCUCUCGCGAGAAAGUCACGUCUGGCGUCGAAUGCAGUGAUGGGCUUCGAGCAACAAAUCAGCUUCUGACUGCUCUCGAUCGAAUGCGAUCUCUGCCAAAUGUCAUCAUCCUCUGCACCAGCAACCUGAUUCACGCCAUCGACCCAGCCUUUCUCGACCGCGUGGACAUCAAGACGUGCGUUCCAACCCCAUCGCCGGCUGCGAUCUAUAACAUCUUUCGAUCCUGCUUGAACGAGCUUGUCAGAGCCAGUCUCAUCGACCUGACAGCCAGCUCAGUGUCUUCUAGCUCUGCCGUAGGAGCGAGCCGCUCUUCACCAUCUCCAAACGGCUCGAAGCGCAGAGCGGUGUCAGUGGCUCCAUCGUCAAAUUCUAACACGACCCUUGAUGACCAGCAAGUCGAGCCCACGUCGCCUCUAUCCGAACCUUCGCCGUCAUCCGCUCACAGCUGGACUGACCUGACUGUUCCAACCAUACCGACUUAUGUGGUGACACAGAUGACCUUAAGCAAGCAGCCAGAUUCGCCCGGCUGGCGUGUCUGGGAAUUGGCAAAGAAGUGUGAAGGCUUCAGCGGCAGGACCUUAAGGCGCUUGCCCAUCCUCGGUCUGGCAAUGUAUACAUGGGGUGGAAAUUGCUCGCUACAAGACGCAGUUUCGGCGUUGGAAGCAGCUGUGAAUGAAGAACUGAAGGUGAAGUAG